AUGUAUUUCAACCAUUUUUACGAAAAUUUUAAGGACGUCUUUACAUACCUUAGGAGGGAAGAUGAAAAUUUACCUCCGAUUCUGACAUGUGAGAAGCCGAACACGAUGGAAAAUGACACCAUAGUAAGGAGAAUUCCUCAAACCAUCCUGAAAGGUGUAGAGGAACACAAUGAGGAAUACACAAAAGAAAAGAAAAUCGAUGGCAAAUUGGCAAAAAUAAGAGAUAUGUUUAUGAACGGAGAUAAGCAUACAUAUGAAAUGUUACAAUGCAAAGAAGAUAUAACCUUUUGGAACUUUCUAUUGGAUUAUUUCAUCAAGAAAAACAUGAAAGUUGUUAACAACUCGUGGCUUUUUAAUGAAUAUUAUUUUUAUCGUUACCUGAGCUGUUCUUACGAUUUUGAAAACUCGAAUUAUGAUUUCUUUGAAUAUGAAAAAAAGGAUUCCAUAAAUUGUAACAGAAAUGUAAUCGAAAAAAUAUGUACAUGUGCAAAAGGUUUGUUAGAAAUGUAUGAAAAUAAAUCUUCUGAAAAUGCAAAAAUUUUUGAUAUUUUCUUUUAUUUUUCUUUGUGGUCAAAUCAGUUUGACCUUAGUUGGAACCCCACAAAAAAUAAGGCAGAACAACAUAAAUCAGACGAAAAAGAUAUAAAGAAGAAAACUUUACGCGAAAAAAAAUUUUAUUUUGAUAUUGAUGAUAUAAAUAAAUUGCAUGACAGUAUGUAUUUGCACAAGGUUCUAUGCAAUGAUGUGGACAUCCUUCGAAGGGACAUAACUUCCAAGAAAUGGACACGAUUCGACAUUGUCCUAGAUAACAUGGGAUUAGAAUUCAUAACAGACUUAUGCCUCCUACACUUCUUGAAUUUCUAUUUCGAUGAAAUGCACAUUCACGUGAAGAAAUUCCCACUCUUUGUUUCGGAUACCAUGGCCAAGGAUAUUACCUACGCUUUGGAUUCUCUGUGCAAUGAUGAAAAGUACCCUAACACAGUUUUCAUGGCGAACAAGUGGAAGAAGUUCUUGGAUACACAGACAUGGAAAAUACAAGAACACGUGUACUGGAAUCUGCCUCUCCCUUACUGGGUGAUGCCAAAGACUCUUGUUGAUGAAUUGAAAAAAAGUUCUUUUGUUUGUUUCAAAGGAGAUGCAAAUUAUCGAAGGUGUCUUGGGGACCUCAAGUUUAACUUUUGGCAUUCGCACAAAAAUGUUUUGGGAUAUUUUCCCGUUAGAAUUAUCGCCUUGCGAUGCUUGAAAUCUCCAAUCUGUUGUGGAGUUAAUAGAGACAUCGUUGAAGAUUUGAACAAAAAGUCUCCUGAUUGGUGCAACUAUGGAGAAUACGCCAUUUUGCAGUAUUGUUCACCUGAAGGAGUCCCCAGCUGA